UAUAGAUAAUGGUAUACACCUUGCAUCCCAGGUGUAAUGCAACGAACACACAGCACAGUGAAAACCAGGAAUGAAAACUACACUCCCAGCUAAUCUGCUGUGAGCUUUGGGAUAUCAAAUAAACAUCUAUGGGGCUAAACAAAGCACAUAACAUGCAUAGAAGCACCAGGAUGAGAUUUGGCUGGAUUAAAGGAUCACUUCUGGUCUUUGCUGUGGCCGUGGCUCUGUUAUACCUCGGCUCUAUAAAAAGGGAGGUUCAUACUCAUUCGGAGAGACUCCAGAGGACCCACCAGAAUGACUCCAUCAGGAGUCAAGGAAUGCUUAAGAGGAUGGACAAGAUGGAAACAGACAUCAACAGGCUGCUCAAUCUGAUGAAUAAACUUGAAAAGAAGGAACCGGUGCCACAGAAGAACCCAGAGGUGAAGAAGGAGAGGAAGGUGGUGAGGAAGCUGUACCCGAACUCGGCUCUGUUCAGCAAGUGGGGCGAUGAGCUUUCAGAGGAGGAGCAGAAGGAGGCCGAAAAGUUGUUUCAGAGAUACGGCUACAAUGCCUUCCUCAGUGACAGGCUGCCCCUCAACAGAGAGAUCCCUGACACCAGGCCCUCCAGGUGUGCUGAGAAAAAGUACCCAGAGGAUCUGCCUAGCAUGAGCGUUGUAUUAAUCUACCUGGAUGAAGCUCUUUCUGUCAUCAAAAGGGCCAUCCGCAGCAUCAUAGACAAGACGCCAGCUCGGCUGCUGAAAGAAAUCAUACUGGUGGACGAUCACAGCAGUAAUGAGGAUUUAAUGGAGAAACUGGAUGAAUAUGUCUACUCCAUCCACGAGGAGUGUCCAGGCCUGGUGAAGAAAGUCAGGCACUCUGAGCAGCUCGGUCUCACCCAGGCCAGACUGUCCGGAUGGAAGGCUGCUGUAGGGGACGUGGUGGCCAUCUUGGACGCUCACAUAGAAGUCCAUGUGCAGUGGGCAGAACCACUGUUAGCUCGCAUUAAAGAGGACCGCACCGUGAUACUGACACCAGUGUUUGACAAAGUCAAUUUUGAUGACUUGACCCUGAAUCCCUACAUGCCUGCGGCGGAUGCCUUCGACUGGGCUCUGUGGUGCAUGUAUGAGUCCUUCAGACCCGAGUGGUACGCUUUAAAGGACAACUCACAUCCUGGCAAGAGCCCCUCCAUCAUGGGGAUUCUUGUCGCUGAUCGCAAGUUCUUUGGAGAGAUUGGAAGUCUUGAUGGUGGAAUGAAAAUAUAUGGUGGUGAAAAUGUGGAGCUCGGCAUCCGGGUGUGGCUAUGUGGAGGAAGCAUAGAAGUUAUACCUUGCUCUAAAAUUGCCCACAUUGAACGGGCCAUCAAGCCUUACCUCCCAGACUUGAGUAUAAUGGUAAAGCGUAAUGCACUGAGGGUGGCGGAGGUGUGGCUGGAUGAAUAUAAAUACAAUGUCAACAUUGCCUGGAACCUUCCUCUAGAGAAUCAUGGGAUAGACAUUGGGGAUGUGUCUGAGAGGAAAAAGCUGAGAGAGAGGCUGAAAUGCAAGCCCUUUAAGUGGUAUCUGGAUAAUGUUUACCCCAUGCUGGACCCUCUGCAUGACCUGCUAAGUUAUGGAGCGCUGAUGAAUAACCUGAAGCCAGAUCUCUGUAUUGACCAAGGCCCAGUGCCUGGGAACACACCCAUUGCAUAUGCAUGCCACUACUUCUCACCACAGCACUGUUAUUAUCGCUCCGAUGGACAACUCUACAUCGGCGGAAUCAAAUCUCACAAGUACAACAGCAACCGCUGUCUGGUGGACCCCGGCACUGGAGUCUACCCGGGACUGUACGAGUGCAAAAUGGCCCAGCAGAAGAAGUUUCACAUGCUGUGGGAUUUUAAACAGAAAGGGCCUAUCCAGAACAGAGAAACAAAGAGAUGUCUGGAAGUUGCAAUGGGUGAAGAUGGCUAUUACAAACUUGUUGUACAGCAGUGCAGUGGUCAGAGCUGGAAGAUACAAAAUCUCAUCAAAGACCACUGAAAGACUCGUGGGCAGGGCCCGGAAGACGAGAUAAUGAAUGGGCCAUUAUUGCACAAAAACUGAGUGUCAUCUCAGAGAAAGAUCUAGAAUAAAUGCUUGUCUUCAUGGUGAGUUUCCAUUUUGCACUGGACAACAUGUCAGACUGGGCACAAUCAAAGUUGUGAACUGGAUCACAGAGGAAGUGAUUUUUUUUUUUCUUCUGGUUUUUGCAUCAUACAUUUUUGUGUAUGUUAUAAAAAAAGUAACUUUGACAUGUCCUGUUAGUAUUUGUGUGAAAUUCCUUUUUAUGAUGACAAAACUGGCUGUGGACGACUUUGAAUACUCCCCAGAGAACACUGAAUGACUUAUGAAUCGCUUUUCUCAUCAACAGACUAGUUUAUUAUAAAGUUCCUUUGUAGUUUUUCCAGGAAAAGAAAUAUAGUUCAGAAACUUGUAUGAGAGUUUUAACAUAUACCUAGAGUUAUCUAUCUUCCUAUAUCAAAUCUCAGGGUAUGUUAAACUCUUUUCAGCCUAUCCUUUUACAAAGAUACAGUAGUUCCAAUGAAACACCUUACAUUGAAUUUGAAUUCUUUACAUAAAGGCUGCUAAUGACCUAUAUACUGUAGAUGCUUGCUUUAGUUCAGCACUAUUACAAAAAUCAUUCAGGAUCCGUUGUGGUUUAGCUGUCAUGAAUGAUCCAAGAUGAAGGCGUCCCAUUUUUUUUGCCACCUGACGUGACCCAUGUCCUUCAGAUGAGCUGGCAGGGAGCUGUACCUGCAGGCAGAAGAAACUUUUAAUGAGAAUUAACUCAUUGAAAUGCGAUAUGAUUUCUAAAAACUUGAAAUGUUAUUGGAAAGUUUAAUUGCAGGCUUUUUAGCAUGGACUUGUUUGGCUAAAAAUAUCCAAGUUUUACAUCAUAAACUAGAAAUGACAUGCUCAUGCAUGGGUGGCAAAUAUGCUGUUUUGUUUUCAUUGUUAAAAUAAAAACAUGUUAAAAUUAA